AUGGUUGACAAGAAAGAGGAAUUGAAAGUUGUCGCGAGUGAGCCGCUUGAGUCAAUUGACGACGAGAAGAAACCAAAGUCUACCGCUACUACUGGCAACGACGAUAAAAAGGACGAGGAGCCCAAAUUGGCAAAAUCAAAAGAGGAUGACGCAACAGAGGAAGUUCCACUUACUGACGAUGUAGACAAAUCCACAAAAUCCGCCACUACAGAAGAAAAAAAGAAGGCUGCACCAGCAACGGAAACGGAGUCGGCACCUUCGUCGUCAGUGUCAGCCGCUACUGAAACCGAAACUGUGCCACCUCCGCCUUCGAGGUCCACCACCCAGGAUCCGGUUCAGCAAAAAGUGCAGGACUUGAAAGAUGCAUUCCCUCAGUUUGAAGAGAAUAUAAUCACAGCAGUGUUGGUUGCAUCACAGGGGAACCCUGAGCCUGCGUUUAGCGCAUUGCUAUAUCUCCUGGAUCCAACUUAUAGGCCGGAGAUUCCCGCAUACCAUCAUCCACAGCAGCAGCAGCAGCAUCUCCAUUCUUCAAGCAACAUAUCGGCAGGCGGUACAACUACUGCUGCGACUGGUGGCACCGCGGCAACUAGUGGCAGAGAUGCAAAUGCUGGUUUUACCGAUGACGAGAUCUUGGCGAGAAAAUUGCAAAAGGAAUUUGAGUUGGAGGACGAGAGGAGAAGGCAAAGACACAGUAGAAGAAGCGACGGUGCUGGAGGUGGUGUUGGACCCGUGCCCUUUGAGAGACAGCAACAGCAGCAGCAACAACAACACGGUCGUCGAUCAAGACCUAGAGCUAGACCUCAGCACGAUUUGGAGGAAAUUGACAGUUCGCCUGAUGAAUUUGAACAGAUCAAGCAAACUUUCACCGAGGGAUUUGAAGAAGCCAAGAGUACCAUUAAUGGCUGGGUUUCCGGUUUAGCCAAGCGAUUUGAAAACCCGGGCCAAAGACAACAAGAUGACGGCGACGAGUUUUCAAUUGAGAAUUCUAAAAACAGAGGCAGUAACCCCAAUAGAACUGACUUUGGCAAUUACGGAGGCACAAAGUUUUAUGAUGACUAUUAUAGGAGAAACAAGAAAUCGACCAGAUUCGAUGAAGAUCCCGAGAUCAUCUCUAGUGAUUUCCAUGAUCGAAUCAGACUCGAGGAUCAUGACGUGGGCAAAGGUGGUAAUGAUGAUGAGGAUGAUGAGACUACGCCUCAUUUACCUACUAGACCCAGAACGUCAGCGGAGUUUCAAUCUGAUACUCCAACCAUGAGCAGUUCUGGCGGCGCUGGUGCUGGUGCUGGUGCUGGAGGUGCCGAACGUGCUACUGGUGCUGGUGUUGGUGGUGGUAUACUAAAAGGUAAAAACUCAAAAUUACCAUCAACGCCAUCAUCGCAAAGCCAACAACUGCAACCCAAGAAGAAGCAACCUUGGCAACCUGAUGAACCUUCAAUUCCCGCAAGCUCAGAUGCGUUCUUAGUCACUGAUAGCGAAGAAGAAGAAGAAGUUGAAGAGAUAUCGACUGCUGCUGCUACUAAUGGCACUAAUAGCGAGAAGAAAUAA